ACUCGUUCUCCGGAAGUGGACGUGUGAGCUUCCGUUCCCGUCCUCCUUUCGCUCUCGCUCUCCCGCUCUCUCUCUCUCUCUUUUCUCUCUCCCUUCCCGGCUCGCCGGCCGUUGAUCGCCUGCAACAAGGAAGCCAAGAUGGCGGCGGCGGGAGGAGGCGAGUGCGACGUGAUCAUGACGCCCGCGGCGGCGAACCUGGUGGCGCCUUCUCACCCUGAGGGGUCGGCGAUGUUGAGCGACGAGGACGAGGACGCGGGGACGCGCAGAGAAGCAGAGUCCUUCAAGGAACAAGGAAAUGCCUUUUACGCCAAGAAGGACUACAAUGAAGCGUUCAACUACUACACAAAAGCGAUAGAUACAUGCCCCAGCAAUGCCAGCUACUAUGGGAACCGUGCUGCCACGCUCAUGAUGCUUGGCAAAUUCCGGGAGGCCCUGGGGGAUGCCCAGCAGUCCGUCAGGAUGGACGACAGCUUUUUGCGGGGACACCUACGGGAGGGGAAGUGUCACCUCUCUCUGGGCAACGCCAUGGCUGCCAGCCGCUGCUUCCAACGAGUUUUAGAACUGGAUCAUAAAAACGCACAAGCUCAGCAAGAGCUGAACAACGCCAGAACUGUUCUAGAGUACGAGAAAAUUGCCGAAAUUGACUUUGAGAAACGGGAUUUCCGAAAGGUUGUCUUCUGCAUGGAUCGUGCUCUGGAGUUUGCCCCCGCUUGCCACCGGUUCAAAAUCCUCAAAGCGGAAUGCUUAGCAUUGCUGGGUCGCUACCCUGAAGCACAGUCUGUGGCCAGCGACAUCUUGCGAAUAGACUCCACAAACGCUGAUGCCCUGUACGUCCGAGGUCUGUGCCUUUACUACGAAGACUGCAUUGAGAAGGCUGUGCAGUUCUUCAUCCAGGCACUCAAAAUGGCUCCCGACCACGACAAGGCCUGCCUCGCCUGCCGCAACGCCAAAGCGUUAAAAGCGAAGAAGGACGACGGCAACAAGGCCUUCAAGGAAGGGAACUACAAGCUCGCCUUCGACCUGUACACAGAGGCCCUUGCAAUAGACCCAAACAACAGGAAAACAAAUGCCAAACUCUUCUGUAACCGCGGGACGGUUAAUGCAAAGCUUAGAAAGCUAGAUGAAGCAAUAGAAGACUGCACGAGUGCCAUCAAACUGGACGAUACAUACAUCAAAGCUUACCUGAGGAGAGCACAGUGUUACAUGGACACAGAGCAAUACGAAGACGCUGUGAGGGAUUAUGAAAAGGUUUACCAGACAGAGAAAACAAAAGAACACAAACAACUCCUUAAGAACGCGCAGGUGGAGCUGAAGAAAAGCAAGAGAAAAGACUAUUACAAGAUCCUGGGCGUGGACAAGAACGCGUCUGAAGACGAGAUCAAAAAGGCAUAUCGGAAGCGAGCCCUGAUGCAUCACCCAGAUCGGCAUAGUGGUGCAAGUGCUGAGAUCCAGAAAGAGGAAGAAAAGAAGUUCAAAGAGGUCGGUGAAGCCUUCACCAUCCUCUCUGAUCCGAAGAAGAAGGCCCGCUACGACAGUGGGCAGGAUCUGGAGGAGGACGGCAUGAAUAUGGGAGAUUUUGAUGCUAAUAAUAUCUUCAAGGCGUUCUUUGGAGGGCCAGGAGGCUUCAGUUUUGAAGCUUCUGGACCAGGGAAUUUCUUUUUCCAGUUUGGCUAAGCUGCAGAAGAGUCCCAUCUCUACCGAGACACACCUACUUUGCCAGACCUGCUUCUUUUAACCUUGAGUUAUGUUCUCCCUUCAUCACAUCUCGACGUUUCUUAGGGCCGUGGCGUUUUCUCUGUUGGAGACCUCAGUUUUUUUGUGUGUGCUUUAGAGUGUUAACGAGAAAACCAGCACUUGAAGAGAGAAGGGGGAGGGGCAGUGAAGGAAUAUACUUUUUUGUUGUUUGUUUUAUUGUUAACUUUAUUAAAAAAACGAGAGAGAGAGAAAUAAUAAUAAAAAAAUGAUUCCUCCA